CAUGGGAAGUUCCCGUUUGCCUCAUACCCUGUCAUGAAGCCAAGGUGAAGCUGGGAGGAGGGAGAAGCAAAAGAAGCCCUGCUUCCAACCAGAGAAGGGGCUCAGCCUGCCAGCCCUGUCCUCCUGUCCACAUGCCUGGGCAGCACAGUGCUUCUUUCUUCCCUCCCUCUGUUGCUUUUUGUGUCCUGGUAACGUUGCUUAUGUUAGAGACCGUAUAUGUUGGUAACAUGGCUGCAUUUUAGGGUGCAGAAAGCUUCCUGUGGUCCUCUGAGCUGCUCUGAAGGCUGUAGCUCCAGGAGGAAUGAACAAAACUCACCCCCAGAGAAAUGGUGAUGUAACUACUUUUGAUUCAGCCAAGUCCUCUGAAGAACAAGGCUGCUGCCGUCCAUGCUGUGCCCACCUGUGCUGCCCACCGAGACGGGCCUGCGUUGUGCUGCUGCUCCUGGCUGCCAUAGCAGCCAUUGUGGGCCUGGCAAUCGCACUGGGACUGCAGCUACGUGCACCGGUGAACCGCACCUGUGUAGCCACCCAUAACUGGACAGGCUUCUUGUGCAAUGACAGAGUGACCUGCAUCCCAGCCAGCCAGGUCUGUGAUGGAACUGCCAACUGUAGAAAUGGAGAGGAUGAGCAGGAGAAACUCUGUGGUGACCUGCCCCGCAGCCUGCCGGCAUACCUGGUUUUCCACUGUGGUAACCCUGAGCACUGGGUCUAUGCUGACCAGAGGUGUAAUGGGAUGAACGACUGCGGAGACUGCUCCGAUGAGAUGGGGAGCUUAGCUGCCUGCCCUCCCUGCGGCCCAGCGUGGUGGAGCUGCAGCCCUGUUCACUACAAGUACUGCUCCUGUGUGCCCAGGGCACUGUGCCGCGAUGGUGUGCAGCACUGCGUGAGCUGGUCAGAUGAGUACCUCUGCAGGCCGUGAGGUCUGGGCACCAAGAAGUGUUUGACAUGGCGAGGUGCUUCCUGCACUGUCACUUCCUGCUGUGCCACCACCCUGGAAAUUCUGGCACAAGCAGGCCCAGGUGAGCAGCUGCAAAAGGCCUGCGGCAGAGAUGGGUGCUGUGCUGCUGGCAUCCCAGUGCUGCAGGCCGGGCAUCAGCUGUGGGACACCUCUGUGGGUUCUCCUGAGCACCUCUUGGGGCUCUGAGGGUGCAGAGUGGCAGCUUGGUGCUUAAUGAGCAGCUGUUGGACUGAGAUGUGUUGUAGAGCAGUUAGAAAGUGAAAAAGGAGGGAAACGAAGUCUGUUGCAUCCUUGGAGCUGCGAGCAGAGGAAAACCAAGAGCUGCUGCCAGGCCAUGGGAUGACAUGGGAUCUGCUCAGUUUGCUCCUCUGCCAGUGCUGCAGGACCAGCCAGCUGCCUUCACAGCACCCACGAGAUGUAGGUACAGAUGUGUCAUUGAAAUGUAAGAAAGCUGUGGUCUUUCUCUCUUCUUUUGAAAACCUUGCCUGUGUCUGAAACAUCAAUCCCAGAUCUAGUGUUCCAGGCCCCAAAAAACCACUGGGCAUUAUUCUUCCUGCAUGCCAGCUCAUAGAUCUUCAAAAAUAAAUCCUGGUUCACUCA